AUGGAUAGACUCAAACACAUCGCAAGCGAGACCCCUAGCACCUCGAACCAAAGAAAUUCCGCCACGACAACCGGUGGCCAGCACCCCACUUUCACAAAGAAGCAGUUUGAGAAUGCAAUCCAGCGCGUGCUGGGCCAGGCCGCACCCGCCCAGGAAAAGCCAACUGAACUUGUUGUUUACGAGACGGCCGCCGAAUCAGCUUUCAAGAAGAUCCUGACACCUUCGGCGCCCACGGAACAAGUGCACGAGGUGGACUGGUGCGGUGUUCAAAAGCCCAAUAAGGAGUUUCACUUGGUCCGAGUCGGAUCGACUGACUUUGGAAAGUUGAGGGCGAAGGCGGGGAGCGAAGACUAUCGAAGCGGACAUGGCUUGGUGCACUACGGACAUGGCUUAGUGCACGACGGACAUAGCUUGGUGCACUAUGGACAUGACCUUGACACAAGCGGCGUGUUGAGGGUCGGUGAUUCCGAGAACAGAACAGAAGAGGAGGACUGGGAAGAAAAAGAGGGCAAAGUUGGACUCGGCUACAAGAAAUACCUCGCCAAAAACAAGCUGCGGCCGGCAGUCGGGUCCGAGAUUCCCAGCGGUGUUCCCAUGUCGGCUCACGUGCCGGAGAGGGGUGUUAUGACGCCCUACUGCUUCCAAAAUUGA